CUCUUCAUGCCCCCGGUUGAGGAAGUGAAUUCGCUGACAGGGCUGGGCUCGGACGCACAGGCGAAGGAAAACAGCAGCUCGUCGGAAGGGGCGAAAUAAUAACAAAACGAAGAGCGCCGGUGCAAAAUCAGCGACACAAAAGCUAAACAAAGCGCCAGAAUUCAUUCACUUCCGAGAGCGACACCGAGAGCUGCAGACAUGAAUGACCAGCAGUUGGACUGUGCCCUGGACUUGAUGAGACGUCUGCCGCCACAGCAGAUUGAGAAGAAUCUCAGUGACCUCAUCGACCUGGUGCCCUCCCUGUGUGAAGACCUGCUGUCCUCUGUGGACCAGCCGCUGAAGAUCGCUCGUGACAAAGUAGUGGGCAAGGACUAUUUGCUCUGCGACUACAACCGUGAUGGAGAUUCCUACAGGUCCCCCUGGAGUAAUAAGUACGAGCCGCCAAUUGACGAUGGCGCGAUGCCGUCCGCGCGACUGCGCAAGCUAGAGGUGGAGGCCAACAACGCCUUCGACCAGUACAGAGACCUGUACUUUGAGGGGGGCGUGUCUUCCGUGUACCUGUGGGACCUGGAUCACGGCUUCGCGGGUGUCAUCCUGAUCAAGAAGGCCGGGGACGGCUCCAAGAAGAUCAAAGGCUGCUGGGACUCCAUCCACGUGGUGGAGGUGCAGGAGAAGUCCAGCGGGCGAACGGCUCACUACAAGCUCACCUCUACUGUGAUGCUGUGGCUCCAGACGACCAAGACGGGGUCUGGUACCAUGAACCUGGGGGGCAGCCUUACCCGACAGAUGGAGAAAGAUGAGACGGUGGGAGAAUCCUCCCCUCACAUCGCCAACAUUGGCCGCCUGGUGGAGGAUAUGGAGAAUAAGAUUCGCUCCACCCUAAAUGAGAUCUACUUUGGGAAGACCAAGGACAUUGUUAAUGGACUGAGGAGCGUUCAGACAAUGGCUGACAAGUCGAAGCAGGAAGCCCUGAAGAAUGACCUAAUGGAGGCACUCAAACGCAAGCAACAGAGUUAGAUGCUCUCUGUCUCUCUCUCUCUUUGUCUCUCUCUCUCUUUGUCUCUCUCUCUCUCUCUCCUUCUCCUCCUUUCUGCAUCUUUCUUCCAUUUCACUCCCCACAUCCCCAUGUCCCUUUCUGUUUCUGUCUCGCUCACUCACUCGCUCCAUCACUCCCUUUUUCUCUGUCUCUCUGUCUCAGUGCUGCACACUCUGUUCGUCGGUCUGAAAUCAAAAGAAAAGGCAUUUAAUUUUCCAGAUUGUUCCCUUUCUCUCUCUCCUGGAAGCAUCUCACCUUCGAAAAAAAAAUCUUCGACAUCCACUCUCCAUGUUGUUACUGUUAUGAAUAUUAGUGUUAUGAUUGUUAAUUAUGAUAUACAUUUUGACAACAAUGUUGAUAACCCCUGAAGCUCUUUCACUGUUGGCUUUUCACAAGGGCACGUUACAAAAGAACCACCCCUCUGCCCUACACCCUACCUCUUUUUCAAGGUUAAGCGGAAGGGGAAUGCAAUCAAAAUGGCUGACUAAAGCAAGGGCUGGGUGGGGGAUUGUGCUGAUAAGUACUGGUUAUCAUUUUCAGCAACUAUUUAUUUUCUAUUCUUAUAUUGAUUAUAUAUAUAUUGUAAUAUUGGUGUUAUCUCUGUCCCCCUCCCCCCCAUCUCCCUGUAAUAAAUAUAUUUGUUACUCUUCUGUAAAGAGGUUGGGGAGGCAUUCACUGGCUUUUUAUUGAUGCUAUUGCUAUUACUCUUAUUAUCAUCAUAAUUGUUUUUAUGGGGCAGCGGUUGGUGCUGUGUCCCUCUGUCGUUUUACGCUGAGGCUUCAGGAAGGGGGGCAGACAUGGAGACGGGAAGAUGGGAGAAUGAAUGAACAGAUUUGUUUAUUACCUUGUCGUUUCUCAUCCCUCUCUCCCUUUUCUGUUUUUUUUUUGGGGUCGUGGAUUCUGUUUCUGUCUUGCAGGAAGCUUUUUGUUUGUUAUUAUUUUGGUUAUAUUUUUAAGUUGUUUGUUUUUUUGUUUUUUUUUUGUAAAGCUUACAGUUCAUGUUGUAUUAGAGCCUCCAGCACGAUUAAAACUUAUAAGGUGGUCAAUAGA